AUGGAAGAGAAGAGUAGAUCCGAUCCCAUUUCUCUAUUGAGUCUGCCGCCUGAAAUUCAAUCCAAGAUCUGCUCAUGCCUAGCUCAGUCAUUUGAGCAGUCAGCCCUUAAUGCAGUGCUCCGGACCUGCAAGCAGCUCUACGAGAUCGCCCUUCCGCAUUCCGUGAGCUUUUACCAGAACAAAUCCUACCGUAUUGAUGACUGCGGCUCGUGUUCCCGGGCCCGCAAUGUGCAGUUCUUACGGUAUAUCCUCAUUCAAAGACCUGAGCUCUCUAGAUACGUAAAAACUGUCAUCUUCGGCAGCUUUUCGCCGGACAGCCCAAAGUUCGAGCACCCCAGGGAUACAGCGCACCCGGACGACACCAAAAGUACCAAAGCGGAGGUUGGAGUCUUUCGGGAGACGAUACAAAGGAAGCUGGGACAAUUCGGCCUUGAGAGGUUUCCUUGGUAUGAUUCAUGGGUGGGGGAAUGGCUAGAUGGUCUCGCGCAGGGCACCACUGAUGCUCAGGUCACUCUAAUUCUGCUUAUAUGUCCAAAUAUCGGGACACUGCUGUUCGAGCGGCCCAGGGGAGCUCCGGUUUUCAUUCGUUUCCUAUUUGUGGUUGGCCUUUUAUCGAAUGCGAUACCUGGAGGGCAUUAUCCUGAAAUGCCCAGCAGUGUCCCACUUUGGAACGUCCAAGACGUGUAUCAUGAGGCAAAUAUUGUAGACGUUCACUACAAUGAUUUUGCCGCACAUGCACAGCCUCUCUUUUUCCUACCUCGCCUCCGAUUCUAUGAGUGCAAUGUAGUUUUCGGAGGUGAUGGAGACCCCCAAGGACUAACGCUCUUGAAGCCGAGGUCUUCUCCAAUAGAGGAGAUCGUUCUACGUGCCACAGUCGUCAGUGGGCCAGUAUUGUUGGCCAUGCUGAAGGCCUGCAAAGCUCUCAAGAAAUUGGAGUACGUACAUCUCUGCACAAGGACGGCGUACAGGGGCGUGAACCCCCAGCAACUUGAAGAGGCUCUACUGCUUCACGCCGACACGCUUGAGAAUCUCUUCGUCAAUUUUAACGAUCUCCGGGACAAGCGAUGGGAAUGGGAAGGCCACACCGAUAGACUGUACAUGGGAACGAGGUUUUCUCAGCUGCAUUCUCUUAAGAGACUCACGAUCAGCAUGCAAGCUAUUACCGGAAUACUCGCCGGACCUCCUGACACGAAUACAAAUUCACCUCAGAUGCCACUCCGAGUCGAAGAGGCACCCAGUCUUAUUGAAUGUCUCCCCGAAAGUCUGGAAUACUUGAAGAUCUUGGCGUGUGGAGAAGAAAUCCAGGAAAAGGCAGCAGAGUUGCUAAGGACCGUUGAAAAGCAACAACGCUUUACAAAGCUCACUUACAUUGGCUUCUUUUUCAACCGUUGGCUGAUGGAGUCGGAAGUUGAUUUGCGUUGUGGCUCGCCGAAUGUGCAGUUGGACAUUCGCUAUCUCGAUCGAGAAGAGUACUCUGAUGGUUUGCCGCCACUGGCUCCGAAAUCAGGGUUUGGCGGUGUGCGCAACCAAAUAUCUCGUAUUUACGGUGCAGAUGCUAGACAACAAUAUCUGAUGCGCCGUGGACUGUAG